AUGCUGGCUCCAUAUCUACUACUCACAUUUCUCCCUUGUACCCUCUCCGCCACACUCCCAUCGCAGACUGCAGCCCCACCGACCCAUUCACCACCCCCCAAACUCACUUCAUCUCCCCCUAGCCUCACCACCACCCCCUCAUCUUGCUGGGACCCACCCCACCCUCGCAUCUGGAUCUAUCCCGCGCACUUCCGGGACUGCGAGCGCGCCGCCGCCGGCAUCCUCCGAAACAUCGACGCCUCCACCGCCGUCAUCUUCUCCCGAGACCCCAGAUCUGGCUUCCGACUCCCGGCCGACUACCACUACCGAUCCUGCUGGAUAUCUCUGAACAUAGACCCAGGGGAAGCGGACGAAUUUGAACCACAGGUAGCGUACAUCGCGGCGUGGGACCUGGCGAGGGAGUGUACGAGUGUGACGCAUCGAUUUGGGGGAAGGAGGACGGUAGGGCCAAGGGAUAAGGUCUUUCUUUAUAUCAAUGGGGAGUGUGUGCCUGGUGUUGGUGAGGAAGCUGAGACGGUAGGCGUUGGGGUGGGCAAUUGGACUACGCAUGUCGCUGCCAAGAGCUAG